AUGGAGAAUCUGGCCGCACUCAAUGCCAGCAGUAACAGCUUUACUGGGCGGAUACCAACUCAAUUCUGUAACAGCUCACCAUCCUUCACUCUGCUUAAUCUGCGUACCAACAAAUUUAGUGGCAACAUCCCCCAAGGACUCAGUGAUUGCUCCAAGCUGCGAGUGCUCAGAGCCGGGGAUAACAACCUCAGUGGAACGCUCCCAGAUGAACUCUUCAAUGCAACCUCGUUCGAAUACCUGUCUUUCGCAAACAAUGAUUUACAUGGAGUUCUUGAUACUGCAAACAUAGUCAACCUCAGAAAUCUCAUAACCCUUGAUCUUGGAGGGAACAUAUUCAGCGGAAAGAUUCCAGAUUAUAUAGGCCAACUCAAGAGACUGGAGGAGUUCCAUUUGAACAACAACAACAUGUCAGGGGAGCUGCCAUAUGCUCUCAGCAACUGCACAAAUCUCUUAACAAUCGACCUCAAGAGCAAUCACUUCAGUGGAGAACUUACCAAGGUCAAUUUCUCCAACCUGCCCAACCUAAAAACUUUAGAUCUAUAUUCCAACAACUUAUCCGGCACAGUUCCAAAAAGCAUAUACUCGUGCAGUAAUCUGACUGCGCUGCGGCUAUCUACUAACCACUUACAUGAGCAGCUCUCGUUGAGACUAGGUAAUCUGAAGUAUCUCUCCUUCUUGUCACUUAGCAAAAACAAUUUCACAAACAUCACAAAUGCACUUCAGAUUCUUCAGAGCAGCAAGAACCUGACUGCAGUGUUUAUUGGGUACAACUUUUGGGGAGAGAUCCUCGCACAGGAUGAAACAAUUGAUGGUUCUGGAAGUCUUCAGGUUCUCGAUAUGCAAGGUUGCAAUUUUUCCGGGACAAUAGCUGUAUGGAUAUUAAGGGCUACAAACUUACAGAUGUUAAUUUUAUGUGGCAAUCGACUCACUGGGCCAAUACCAGGCUGGAUUAGCUCUCUACGUCAUCUCUUCUAUAUGGAUGUGUCAAGCAACAGUCUUACAGGAGAAAUCCCAUUAACCUUAACCGAGAUGCCAAUGCUUAAAUCAACUGAUAACGCAACUCAUUUGGACUCAACGGUCUUUGAGCUAAUAGUUUAUAACAGCCCAUCACUUCAGUACCGUAUGAUCACAUCUUUCCCAGCAGUGUCGAAUCUAGGCAACAACUACUUGACAGGUGUAAUUCCACCACAGAUUGGCCAGCUCAAAGCGCUUGCCGCUCUUGAUUUCAGUUUUAAUAAGCUAUCCGGGGAGAUCCCACAAUCGGUUUGCAACCUAACAAACUUGCAGGUGCUAGACUUGUCCAGUAACAAUCUCACAGGUGCUAUCCCAGUUGCAUUGAACGCCCUGCACUUCCUUUCAGCAUUCAACAUUUCAAACAAUAACCUAGAAGGACCUAUUCCAUAUGGAGGCCAGUUUGAUACAUUUCAGACUUCUAGUUUCAACGGGAACCCACAGCUAUGUGACUCUGUUCUCACUCAAAAAUGCAAUUCAGCAGAAGCGCAUCAACCCGUCAUUCUGUCAGAAAAAAGAGCUGACUAUAAGAUGCCCUUUGUGAUUGCAUUCAGUGCGUUCUUUGGUGUAGGGGUGUUGUAUGAUCAGUUAGUCUUGUCAAGGUAUUUUGGCAAGUCCUACUAA